AUGGACGACCAAGGUACUUCCGACAUCUCACACACAGGGGCGGAUGAGAUGUUAGGCUUGCAUUCCUCGCACGCGGGGACGGACGAGGCAUGUAAAGGAAGUUCCGCGUUGGUGCAAGAUGCCCAACAUGGUCAUGAACAGGCUGCACCCGGCAGCAAGGAACAAGGCAAUGAAUCUAAGUUAAAUGGAAGACUUACAACAGGAGAGAAAGACAAAAAGGUCAAUGAGACAGAACCUAAGAAGAGCAAGUCCAGUAUUCCUAACGACAUUCAACCGCCUCCAUAUCCAUUCACGAGAAAGAAGCGAGUGCGGCAAGAAAAGAGUUUUGAGUGGAUGAUGAAUGUGAUUAGAAAGGUGAAUGUAGACAUCUCAUUAGUGGAUCUUUUCACCAAUUUCCCGAGAUUCUCCAAGUUCUUCAAAGACAUGAUGGCGAACAAGGAGAAACUUCAGGAUGAGGGGAUUGUGACAUUGAGCACAAAUUGCUCACAGCUGAUAUCUGGAAUCAUGCUGACGAAGAGAAGAGAUCCAGGAGGUUCAGGGAUCUCACUGAUGGCAUUGGAAACUGCUCGUGCCAUUGGUUUGGAGAAAAUAAUGGAGCCUAUCUACAUCGCUCUACAAUUGGCUGAUCACUCCAUAGUGAAGCCCACUGGAAUUGUUGAAGAUGUCUUGGUUAAAAUCGAUAAGUUCAUCAUUUCCGUUGAUUUUAUUGUGCUUGACAUGCCAGAAGAUAAAGAAGUGCCAAUUCUGUUUGGUAGACCAUUUCUAGCAACGAGAGAUGUAUUGCUUGGAGCAAAGGAUAACUCUGUUACAUUCAGAAUUAAUGGUGAGCAAUUGACCAUCAAUGUUGAGAAGGUGAUGAAACAUCCUACUGAUGCAAAUGCAUGUUUUCGAGUUGAUGUCUUAGACAGAUGCAUCUUUGAUAAGUCGUGCUAUUCUGCUAGAAUUGAAGGAAGUGUGUUUGAAAAGGGAAGUCUGGAAAGAGACUUUGGCUCCACAUUCAAGAUGAGUAUCGAUGACAUAGAUGGAGAACAAGUCGAUCAAUCGAGCUCAGAGGAACAAGUUGUGAUUGACACAUGUGUUGCAGAUUUGAGACCAUCAAUUGAAGUACCUCCCAAGCUUGAGUUGAAACCACUCCCAAACAAUGUCAAGUACGCAUUCUUGGAGAAAGAUGAGACCUUACCAGUUGUAGUUUCAGCAGAACUUGGUAUUGAUGAAGAGGAAAAAUUGAUAGAACUAUUGAAGAAACAUAAAUGA